UUUCCUCUUGUCAUCUUACGCGCUGCAAGUGAUUUUUUCGUUGGACAUUUAGAAAAAAGUUUCUCAUAAAUAAUUUAAAGUCAUAACCCAAAAUCUACUAUGAGUAAUAUUUUUGAUGGUUUUUGGAAUUAUAACUCAAUUAUUUUUCUAAUAAGCAACCAAAUGCCAACAACUAUUUUUAUACAAACCAUCUUUGUUACUGUUGGAAUAAUAACUUUCAAGUGCUCAAAUUGAUAUUUGAAUCCAAUUUGUCAUGUAGAAGUAGAAGAUAAAGUAAACGGUCAACAUACAUAUUAGUGUUAUACAAAAUUAUUACUCUGAAAAUAAUGCAACUCAAAAAUCACAUUUUUGUCGUUCACACUCAAAUGCUCCUUACACUUCUUUCCUUCCUCUUCAUCACAACACUAACAAAUUCCAUUACAACCCCAUAUAAACCACCCGAUCACCUCCUCAUCAACUUUGGCCUACCAAAAAAUUCUCCACAACCCACCGAUAACCGCGGUGACAGAUGGCGGAGCGAUCAAGAUUUCAUCCUAGCAACGCAAUCUGCCACCAGUAAAUCCACUGCAAAAGCAGUGGAGGCGGCUUCAACUCCUUAUCACAUGGCCCGAAUAUUUCGGGCCACGACAACAUAUUCCAUACCGGUUACUACGUGGGGCCCAAAACUAGUCCGCCUCUACUUUCCACCCCUAUCCGUAUCCUACGACAUCAUAGACAUCAAAUCGUCUUUUCUUUCGCUCACAAUUAAUGGGUUCAAUAUUUUGCGCAAUUUUAGCGCGUUCAACGCGUACGCCAAUACAAAUGCGCCCGUAAACGACGGGCUUGUAAGAGAGAUUUACAUCUCUUUGAACGAAGGAAACGGGCAAAAGGGUCUAAACCUAACUUUCUCACCAAGUAACCCGGAUGGGUUCGGGUUCAUAAACGGGUUGGAGAUUAUAUCUGUUCCCGAUGGGUUGUACUUUCACCCUUCCGGAUCCAAUAUGGUUCCAUAUCUUACGGGUGGGUUUCAAGAUUAUUUGAAUAACCCUUUUAAUUUUUCGGAUUCAAUACCUAUGGAAAAUAUUAUCCGGCUGAACGUUGGUGGGUCGAUCGUGGAGCCGCGUGAUGAUUUCGGACUUAGCCGGACUUGGUUCGGUAGAGACGAUGACUACAUGAUUUAUGGUCUAAACUUCACAAGGUCCUACGACGACGAUAUCACAAUCAAUUAUACAGUUGCAACACCAUCGUAUAUGGCGCCAAAGUUAGUGUACUUGACAAUGAGGGAGAUGGGACCAUAUGUUGGAAAAUUGAAGAAAAACACAUAUUUGACAUGGUUGUUCGAGGUCGAUGUUGGAUUUAAUUAUCUUGUGAGGCUCCAUUUUUGCGAGUUAGAUUCCACAAUCAACAACAUUGGCCAAAGAGUUUUCGACGUUAGUAUCAACAAUCAAAUGGGUGCACAUGAUAUUGAUGUUUUUGCGCUAACUGGUGGCAUUUUCACUCCAAUGUAUCGAGAUUUCGUUACGCUCUUUGAAGGUAGUGGUACCAACAAAGCUAGUGUCGAAACCAGAGGUCUUCUUUCAGUGACACUUACUCCCGACCCUACCGCAACGUAUGACAAUGUCAUGCUCAAUGGAUUGGAGAUUUUCAAGUUGAGUUCUUCAAAUGGUUCUCUUGCAAAUCCUACUCUCCCUUUACAAAGACGUGAACAUGGUCUAACCAAAAUCAUGAUCAUCUUCAUCAUACUUGGAAUUGGAAUAGGCAUGUGCAUGUUAAUUGCACUAAUCCUCUUGUACAAAAAAAUGAACUCGCUAAGCGAGAAAAGUAAAGAAAUUGAAACAUUGUUGAAACAACAUGGAUCCCUCGGUCCAAAGAGGCAUACUUAUGCAGAUUUGAAGAGAAUUACAAACUCCUUCAAAAUCAAGCUAGGUGAAGGAGGUUACGGUGUUGUAUACAAAGGAAAACUACAUUGCGGGGAUCAAGUGGCAGUGAAAAUUCUCAAGAGAUCAUCGAAUCGAGAUAUGGAUAUGGUGGAAUUCAUCAAUGAAGUUGUAAGUAUCGGAAACACCAAUCAUAAAAACAUUGUGAAACUCCUAGGCUUUUGUUACGAGGGUUCAAAACACGCUCUUAUAUAUGACUACAUGCCUUGCGGAUCUCUUGAAAAGUUCACACAUGGGGGCAGAGACGAAAACAAUCAACAACUGUCAUGGAAAAGUUUAUUUGAAAUCGCGAUUGGGAUUGCAAGAGGGCUAGAGUACUUGCACCAAGGGUGCAACACGAGAAUAUUACACUUUGACAUUAAGCCCCAAAACAUUCUAUUAGACGAGAAUUAUUGCCCCAAGAUAUCUGAUUUUGGCCUAUCUAAGAUAUGCCCACAAAAGGACAGCAUAAUAUCAAUGUCAGAAGCCAGAGGAACUGCAGGGUACAUUGCUCCUGAGGUUUUCUUCAAGAGAUUUGGCGGAGUUUCUCAUAAAUCAGAUGUUUAUAGUUACGGAAUGUUGGUUUUGGAAAUGGUUGGGUGUCGAAAAAAUAUUGAUGCGAAAGUGGAACAUAGUAGUGAGCAGUAUUUUCCGCAUUGGAUUUACAAGCAACUCGAGGAAGUUGAAGAGAUCGAUCAAAUCGACACCACAAACAACAACGAGGGAUCAGUACUCAAAAGGAAGAUGGUUGUAGUGGGUUUAUGGUGCAUACAAACCAACCCCUUCACCCGACCAAAUAUGACUCGAGUUGUAGAAAUGCUCGAAGGAACACUCGACUUGCUGCAGAUUCCUCCGAUUCCAUCUCUUGCUUCUCCUUUGAGAUCACACGAAAUUUCUACCACUCUAGAUGAAAUGUCAUUAGGUGGACUUUUUGUAUCCUCCAUUUGAGGUUCUAGUUAGACAAUGUAGCCAUUAUAGUGAGCUUUUUAGCUUUGUGUAAAUGAUUGUCUCCAAUAAGUGCAACAUAAUUUGCUAGUUAAUUCGCUUAUGUUAUAUUUGGAAACGAUGAUUAUUGGUUUAAUUUCAUGUUUGGCAAAUCAAUGAAUUCAAUUUUGAAUUUAAGUCA